CUUCAUUUCGCAUUCUGUGAGCCAUGAGCACGUUGAACCACCAAAAGAUUGUGAACGUCACCGCGUCGGUGGACUCGGUUCACGGGCUCGUCUUGCGCAACACGGGGGGCUACAUCUACGAGGAUCGGGCCAACUCGAAGCCGUCGGUGGUCUUUCGAACGUCCAACAUGGCCCUGCUGAACGCGCUCACGUUGAAACUUAUGGCUGGCAAUCUCGGCGCAGUCGUCGAGCUCGCGUUUGCGCCAAAUAUGACGGUCGAAGGCCAGUACUUGCUCGAUAUCUUCGUCCCCACGAAUUCCCUCCAGUACUUGCAAACCGACCAAGGCGGCGACACAAUCGUCGCCCCGCGUGUGCUCAGCGCGAACGCGUCGCGUCCCAUCUCGAUCUCGUCGUUUGGCAUGGGCUCCGUUGUCGUGGAGGAAUCGGUCGUACUUGCAAGCCGGCUUGUGGUCGAGUCGCGGGGGUCAAGCCGAGUCCAGUUGAACGUUGCCCGGUCCGUUUCGGCCGAGAGCGUCGACUUGUCGACGACUUCCCUUGGGUCCAUUGCCCUGCUGGCGAAUUCGACGACCACCAAGCACCUUUCAGCCGUCUCGGCGGGAUCUGGAAGCGUGUACAUGGGCUCCCCCGCCACAAAGACGACAACCAAGACCACUCCGGUGUCGCUCAACGCAACAUCCUUGACGGCAAAGACGUACGGUGAUGGAAAUGUCGUCUUUCUGGACGCCGGAACGUGCCAAGGCAGCGACAUCCAAACGAGUGGUCAUGGCAGCGUGUAUAUGCACCUCGUUCGAUGCCAAAACUCAAACGUCGUGAUCCUCGGCACCGGCAACACCUACCUGACGACGACAGGGCUGCUGCGUGUGCAAGACUCUGAGCUAGGGACAGUGUUUGCCACGGGGGGCGCAACCGUGACUGGAUCCGUCAUGGUCAUGCCUCCAUCGGUCCCUGUCCCGCCGUACGUGCCCAUGGUCGAGCCCGCUCGGUCUCCGCGAACCAUCCGCUUGGUGGCAAAGACAACGACGGCACGACCAGCUACAACGUUGCCUGCAAAAUCCACUGGCGCAGACGCGUCACUGUGGUUUGGUCUAGUUCUUGGGCUGUCAGCCGUGAUCUUGAUUGCAUGCAUCGUGCGCAAGGUCCGUGCCAAGCGCGGUGUCCAAAUGCAGCUCAAGGCAUUCACGGAAGCCUCGACUCCCGUGGCAACGAACCAAGUUGUACUGCAUUUUUAAUUGACGUUCGAAUGUCAUGUCUCGAUUCGCGGCUAGAUUGCGAGGAUGUCGAUCGCGGCCACGAGGGGUUGCGCGUCCAUCCUCGCACAUUUCAAUGGACUCUGGA